AUGUCUGUUGAUGAUCUUAGAGAGUCUGAUGAUUUUGAGAACUCAGAGGACGAGUCAAGUGAAAAAAUUUACAUUUCUAAAUGGAAGAAGGGUCCAGGUGGUCGGUUCGUUGGCGACUCAUCAUCAGGGUCGAACAGACGACCCGAAGAGGUUGAUGUGUGGACCGUUACUGGUCUAGUACCUGGUGGACCCGAGGAUGACACUGUUAUUCCUAGUUUUCUCGGACAUGUCGCUUCUCGGCUAUGGGAUGGGGCGGACAGAGGCGUGCUGAACUGUCAGACUAGACAUGGAGCUCUUCGGAAGCUGAGACAGUGGAAUGAGACGGCCUCGGAGGAGGUCAAGGUGCUGAUAGACGGGACUGAGUUAUCAAAUCUCCCGUAUAUCAUGUUUGAUCAUCUGGAUAUCCCGCUCCUUUCUGCAUUUGUGGAGCGAUGGCAGCCAGAUACAAACUCUUUUCACAUGCCAUUCGGGGAGAUGACCAUCACAUUACAUGACGUGUGGCAUAUUCUUCGCAUUCCAGUUGGUGAAGCUAUGAUUUCAAGUCAGCCGAAUAAGGCUCAGUUGCAUGCUUACUGCAUACAGAUUUUAGGUAUUCUCCCAGAGGAUCUGGUGAGUAAGACGACCAAGCAUUUUUCCCAGGGAGGUGUGUUGAUUGAGUCGAUCAUCAGCUUAUGUAGGCAUGGCUGUACUGCAGAGGUGGAGGCGAUAGCCUGGAUCUGGUUGACGUUAAGUUGCACUUUAUUCAUUGACAAGAGUGGCCAUCGGAUUAGACCUGCAACCAUAUGGGAGACAUGGAUUUAUGAGUACUUUCCAUGCUUUCGACCCCAGCGAGAGCGGCUGCUGAUCGAGUCUCAUCAGCCUCGAGCUUCCAGUUGGAAUGCUAAUGUGUCAGAGUGUUCAGGCAACCGACUACGGGCCUUGCGAGCUUGUUUGGACCAGCUGACUGCUGAGGAGAUCACGUGGCUCCCUUUUGGCGGCGAGCCUGCUGCCAGCAUUGAGCACACUGCAUAUUAUGGGUGGAUAGCGUACCGGGACAUUGUCGAGCCAUACAUGCCUUCUAGGGUGCUGCGACAGCUAGGUUAUGUGCAGACUGUACCUGUGCCAAUUUUUCGGCCAAUAGGGGUUGUUAGGUCCUAG